GCUCUCCGUGUAGCGUUAAAAUUUAUCUAAACGCGCUCGCGACAACACAUUUAUCAACUUUAUAUCCAUCAACGACAAAGUGAAGUUCUAUUCAGAAGGAGACUUGUUGAUGGAAUUUGGGACUUGGUACCCAAGACAUUGAAAAUGUCAUCAAUUCCACCACCUCCCCCGCCUGGAUGGAGCUCUUCUGCGCCUCCAUCCAUGCCUUUGGGCGCGCCACCUGGUGCUCCUCCUCCUCCAGGUUAUCGACCACCGGCGGAUCCACAUGUUGCGAAGUUUGCACAGAAGAAGAAGGAUUGGUUACGAACACAGCGCAAUCGAUUCGGCGAAAAACGAAAGGGUGGUUUUGUAGAAACACAGAAAGCUGAUAUGCCACCAGAGCAUCUACGAAAGAUCGUUAAGGACAUUGGAGAUGUAUCACAAAAGAAAUUCAGCAGUGAUAAACGAAGUUAUCUCGGCGCACUUAAAUUCAUGCCACAUGCUGUGAUGAAAUUGCUGGAAAACAUGCCAAUGCCUUGGGAGUCUGCGAGGGAGGUAAAGGUGCUGUACCACGUCAACGGUUGCCUGACUUUGGUUAAUGAAAUACCAAGAGUUAUCGAACCAGUGUUUCAUGCACAAUGGGCUACGAUGUGGAUUUGUAUGAGAAGAGAAAAGAGUGAUAGACGGCAUUUCAAGAGAAUGAGAUUUCCGCCAUUCGAUGACGAAGAACCACCCCUUUCAUGGUCGGAGAAUAUCGAAGAUGUCGAACCACUGGAGCCAAUUCAACUGGAACUUGAUGAAGGAGAGGAUGCUGCUGUCUUAGAAUGGUUUUAUGAAAAUCGGCCACUACUUGACACGCCACAUGUCAACGGCCCGAGUUACAAGGAGUGGAACCUUACUUUGCCUCAAAUGGCGACUUUAUAUCGAUUGAGUCGACAAUUAUUGAGUGACUUGGUCGACAAGAAUUACUUUCAUAUGUUUGAGUUGAAAAGCUUUCAGACAGCCAAAGCUUUAAAUGUUGCUAUCCCUGGUGGCCCACGUUUUGAACCUCUGUACAAAGAUGUGGAUCCUAACGAUGAAGAUUUCGGAGAGUUCAAUGCAAUCGAUCGCAUCAUCUUCCGAGCUCCAAUUCGAACAGAGUAUCGCGUAGCAUUUCCUUACUUAUACAAUUCACUACCUCGCAGCGUUAAGCUAUCCUGGUUUUCGCAUCCGCAAGUGGUAUAUGUUCGUGCUGAGGAUCCAAGUUUACCGGCAUUCUAUUUCGAUCCCGUUAUCAACCCAAUCUCUUCCAGAUCCGUUGCCCCCAAAAACAUCACUAUCAGCCACGAAGACGAAAUAUUUGGUCCAGGUAGCAAUGAAGAGCCAGAAGAAGACGCUUUCAGACUACCAGGUGAUGCUGAGCCAUUUCUCGCGGACGAGGAGUUAUAUACUAGCGAAACAGCUUCAGCCAUUUCCUUGUGGUGGGCACCUUUCCCUUUCGAUCGAAGAUCCGGUCGCAUGGUUCGGGCACAAGAUGUACCUCUAGUCAAGCAGUGGUAUCUUGAGCAUUGCCCUCAAGGUCAGCCAGUAAAGGUCAGGGUGUCGUACCAGAAGCUUUUGAAGACUUAUGUCUUAAACGAGUUGCACAAGAGGAAACCAAAAGCACAAAGUAAACAAAGCUUGAUGAAAUCGUUGAAGCAAACGAAGUUCUUCCAGCAAACAACAAUUGAUUGGGUUGAAGCUGGACUUCAAGUCUGCAGGCAGGGUUUCAAUAUGUUGAAUCUUCUCAUUCAUCGCAAAAACCUUACAUACUUACAUCUUGAUUAUAAUUUCAAUUUGAAGCCUGUCAAGACCUUGACAACAAAAGAAAGAAAGAAGUCUCGAUUCGGAAAUGCAUUCCAUCUGAUGCGAGAGAUUCUGAAAAUGACAAAGUUGAUCGUUGACGCACAAGUUCAGUAUCGUCUCGGCAAUAUCGACGCUUUUCAACUUGCAGAUGGUAUUUUAUAUGCUUUCAAUCACGUCGGCCAGCUGACUGGAAUGUACCGUUACAAGUACAAGCUGAUGCACCAAAUUCGUUCAUGUAAAGAUUUGAAGCAUUUAAUCUAUUAUCGAUUCAACUCUGGACCGGUAGGCAAAGGACCUGGUUGCGGCUUCUGGGCACCUGCUUGGAGAGUCUGGCUCUUUUUCAUGCGUGGUAUAAUUCCAUUACUUGAAAGAUGGCUUGGAAACCUUCUUUCUAGACAAUUUGAGGGACGCCAUAGCAAAGGUGUUGCAAAGACAGUUACAAAACAACGUGUGGAGUCGCACUUUGAUCUUGAAUUGCGAGCAUCGGUUAUGGCCGAUCUUCUUGAUAUGAUGCCGGAGGGUAUCAAGCAAAACAAGGUUCAAACUGUACUUCAACAUCUUUCAGAGGCAUGGAGAUGCUGGAAGAGUAACAUUCCUUGGAAGGUUCCGGGCUUACCAGCACCUAUCGAGAAUAUCAUUCUUCGCUAUGUGAAGAGUAAGGCGGAUUGGUGGAUUUCCGUCGCUCACUAUAAUCGUGAGCGCAUUCGUAGAGGAGCGACUGUCGAUAAAACGGUUGCAAAGAAGAAUCUUGGUCGUCUCACGAGACUUUGGCUGAAGGCCGAACAAGAGCGACAACACAAUUAUAUGAAGGACGGUCCAUACGUCUCCUCCGAAGAAGCUGUCGCCAUCUAUACAACCACUGUUCAUUGGCUGGAGUCACGAAAAUUCUCACCCAUUCCAUUCCCCAGUGUUUCAUACAAGCACGACACCAAAAUCCUUAUUCUUGCAUUGGAACGUCUUCGUGAAGCAUACUCUGUCAAGGGACGACUUAACCAGAGCCAGCGUGAGGAAUUAGCCUUGAUUGAGCAAGCUUAUGAUAGUCCUGGAACCACUUUAGAGAGAAUCAAGCGCUUCCUAUUGACACAGAGAGCUUUCAAGGAAGUCGGAAUUGAUAUGAACGACAAUUACAGCACGAUCAACCCUGUUUAUGAUAUCGAACCCGUGGAGAAAAUCAGUGACGCCUAUCUAGACCAAUACCUCUGGUAUCAAGCCGAUCAACGCCAUCUUUUCCCUGCCUGGAUCAAGCCUUCCGAUUCCGAAGUCCCACCCUUGUUAACCUAUAAAUGGGCUCAAGGUAUCAACAACCUCGACAAAGUUUGGGAGACUGCAGAUGGAGAGUGCAACGUCAUGAUCGAAACGCAACUAUCUAAGGUGUAUGAGAAGAUUGACCUGACUCUUCUUAACCGUCUACUUCGACUCAUUAUGGAUCACAAUUUGGCUGAUUACAUAUCAUCUAAAAAUAACGUUCAAUUGACCUACAAGGAUAUGAAUCACGUGAACAGUUACGGUAUGAUCAGAGGUCUUCAAUUCUCAGCUUUCGUUUUCCAGUACUAUGGACUUGUUCUUGAUCUCUUAUUACUUGGUCUACAGCGCGCUAGUGAAAUUGCUGGCCCGCCAGCAGGCCCUAACGACUUCCUUCAGUUCCGCGAUCGCGAGACGGAAACGAGACAUCCCAUUCGUCUAUAUACUAGAUAUAUCGAUCGCAUCUGGGUAUUCUUCCGCUUUUCGGCCGAUGAAUCACGCGAUCUCAUUCAGCGUUUCCUGACAGAGCAACCGGAUCCUAAUUUUGAAAACGUAAUCGGCUAUAAGAACAAGAAAUGUUGGCCAAGAGAUUCUAGAAUGCGUCUUAUGAGACAUGAUGUCAACCUGGGACGUGCUGUCUUUUGGGACUUGAAGAAUCGUUUACCAAGAUCUGUUACUACAAUCGAAUGGGAUGAUACAUUUUCAAGUGUAUACAGCCGAGAUAACCCUAACUUACUUUUCUCUAUGUGUGGUUUUGAAGUUCGAAUUCUCCCCAAGAUUCGUAAUCAAAAUGACGAAUUCCCAGUCAAGGAUAGCGUAUGGUCCUUAGUCGAUAACACCAGCAAGGAGAGAACAGCACAUGCAUUCUUGCAGGUUACUGAGGAGGAUAUUGCCAAAUUCAACAAUCGCAUCCGUCAAAUUUUGAUGUCCUCAGGUUCAACCACUUUCACGAAGAUCGCUAACAAGUGGAACACUACCUUGAUCGCCCUCUUCACAUAUUAUCGUGAAGCUGCUGUAUCCACAGUCAACUUGCUAGAUACCAUUGUGAAAUGUGAAACUAAGAUUCAGACCAGAGUUAAAAUUGGCCUUAAUUCUAAGAUGCCUUCUCGUUUCCCUCCUGCGGUUUUUUACACCCCCAAGGAACUUGGUGGUCUUGGUAUGAUCUCUGGAUCACAUAUCCUCAUUCCGACAAGUGAUAAAAGAUGGUCUAAGCAAACCGAUGUUGGUGUUACGCAUUAUCGUGCAGGCAUGACUCAUGACGAAGAUACUCUGAUUCCUAAUAUUUUCAGAUACAUCAUACCAUGGGAAGCUGAGUUCAUUGACUCUCAGCGUGUGUGGACUGAAUACUCUCAGAAACGUCAAGAGGCAAAUCAACAAAACCGAAGAUUGACACUCGAAGAUCUUGAAGAUAGUUGGGAUCGUGGAUUGCCUCGUAUUAACACUCUUUUUCAAAAAGAUAGGAGCACUUUGAGUUUUGACAAAGGAUUCCGCGCACGUACUGAGUUUAAGACAUACCAACUUAUGAAGAGUAAUCCGUUCUGGUGGACUAGUCAACGUCAUGACGGUAAAUUGUGGAACCUCAACGCCUAUCGUACCGAUGUUAUCCAAGCGCUUGGUGGUGUCGAAACCAUUCUUGAACACACACUCUUCAAGGCGACAGCUUUUCCAUCUUGGGAAGGCCUAUUCUGGGAAAAAGCCUGUCUUGCGUGGGAUACGAAACUCUUACGAUACGACGGUACCGACGUCGUCGUUCAGGACGUUAAGGAAGGGGAUCUACUUCUCGGUCCGGACGGUGGACCCCGUCGGGCAUUCAAUAUCGUUAGUGGUAAAGACAGGCUUUACCGAAUCAAGGUUGGUUCACGUAAAGAAGACCUCGUUGUCACGGGAAACCAUAUUCUAGUCUUGCACCGGGAGAAAGGGCACGGCAACGUCUACGACGGACCAUCCGUUGGGGGAAAUCGUCAACGUUUCGUCGAUCAACUCGGUGAUCUGCCAGUACCGAGCUCUAACCCUGCUGAUGCUACACGUCCUAAUAAUCUCACGAAGGUUCGUCCAGACUUCUUAGCAGCUCUAAAGAGUGCUAUUGCUUGGGCAUUGAACGCCGAGCGUGGGAAGAAGGGUGCUGACACUAUUCGCAACACACUCAACGGCACAACCGGGAUCACUUCACGCCAGGAGAGCUAUAUCGUCAACAUUCCCGUUGGAAAAGGCACGAGAGCCGAGUAUGCCACAUUCGCCUGGGGAAACCCAGAUCGGACAGUGAAAGGCCACGCUAAACACCCCCCUGAAUUCUUCCCGACCAAGGAGGAUGCAUUUUCUGCUUCUGUUGCUAAGAGCAGGCAGAUUCAUGACAAAGGUGACGUGACUCUGGCUACACUACGCCGUCGUUUCCUUGACAAAUCCUCAGAUGGGAAAGGGGGGGAACUUCGAAUUGACACAGGCUUGCCUAAUAUGUUCCUCCUUUGGAAUGCAAACGGCGCGAACCUCAAGAUUCGCGUGUAUUGCUCUCGCAACUAUACCAAGUACGGGCGAUCUUAUACAUUUCCAUCUCUACCAGACAUAAACCUGUCUGAGGCUGGUUCUGAUGACUCAGAUGACAACGAAGAGACCGAGAACGAAGACGACGAGACCGAGGACGAAGACGACGAGAGAGAAGAAACAUUGACUCUCCAGAAUUUCCAGAGUACCGCCUCCCGAGACGUUUCCUCCGCCGAACGCUACGACACGGUUCUAAUGACGGCAACCCAAUUCGCAGCACUGGACGAAAACGAGAGAUCUAAAUACAGGCUCUUUCGUUCUCCUGGAUUCGAGUUGCCUGAGCAAGAUGUCCCAGUCAACCCCUACUUUCUUGGUCUAUGGUUAGGAGAUGGCAGCCGUAGCUCAACCACAAUCUUCAGUAAUCACGAGCAGGAAGUAAGGGAGUUUCUCAUUUCUCACGCUGCUGAGCUAGACCUUCACCUCGUUUGGCACGGGAACCUCUCGUAUGCGACUGUUGGCAGGACUCGCAUUGCUAAUAGACCCUUACCGAAAGCCAACAUCGACGUCGUCGAUCGUCCAUCAAGACGCUUUUCUCGACAGACCAUCAAAAAGCAACGCGAGGCUGCAGAGCUACCCUCAAGGCCCGCUCCAGCUGUGGCCAAUUUGAAGCAUGGUCUCAAUAGUAGUGUUCCGAAUUCCCCACAACGUCGCUUACGACAACGUAUCGACGACGUCGAUGUGCAGAACCUUGUCGAUGGUAUGGAUAACUUAACUUCAUCACCUAUUCCUUCGUCACCACCCGUUAUCCCAGCUGAAUCGAUUCCAACUGAGGCUCUGCCACAGCUUAGAUCCGAUAGAAGCAUUAUGGAUAUGGCUGGUCCGUCUGUAGUUCCUGAAGAACCUGUAGAUGUCAAUAACCUGCCCGAGGAUGAGGAAGAUGAGUUUGAUAUGGAUCUUAUUGAGACAAUGAGCGACGACGAGGACGAUGUCACCGAGUACCAAGUUGAAAAUGACGAAGGAUCCAACGUCGGAGCUGGGGAUAGUAAUCUCUCGGACGACUCUGUCUCUCAACGACGAAUUCAUCGCCUGCAAAGUGGACGUCGAGCAUAUGGUGACUUGCAGCCUGAAGAGCAAGACCAGCUCCUGAGUCAGAUAAUCGACACGGUCGAUUCUCCAGUCGGUUCUUCGUUCGAUCCUUCGGUCAGUCAUAAUACAGGCGUUAAUACCCUUCUACGUGCCCUCCAACAUCUCGGUGUCUCUUCUAACACGACUGGAUCCGAGACCGACAAGAAACACAUCCCAUCGAUUUAUAUGAAGAACACGCGCGAAGUUCGUCUCGCUGUUCUUGCUGGUCUGAUUGAUUCUGACGGCUGGUACGUGUAUCCCGAGAAUAUGCUUGGGUUCGCUCAGAGCGAGAUCUGGCAUAAGACUCUCUUCUGGGACGUUGUCGCGCUGGCAAGAUCAUUGGGUCUCAGCGUCUGGACCACGAGACGUAUGAUGUGGGUUCCGAGCCAUUCACGAAAAACUCCUAUGCUCGUAGCCCAGAUGUUUGGCAACGUGAAAGAAGUGCCCUGUUUGCUCCUGCGCAAGAAGGGAUCUGAGCGUUAUAUUCCGCAAAUGCACAGCUUUAUGAUCAAAGACAUCACCCUUGAAUCAGAGGCAACGAAUUGGGCUGGGUUCCGAGUCGAUAAAGACCAGCUGUAUCUUCGUCACGAUUACCUUGUACUUCAUAACAGUGGGUUCGAAGAGUCUAUGAAGUUUAAAAAAUUGACAAACGCUCAAAGAUCGGGUCUCAACCAGAUUCCAAAUCGUCGAUUUACUCUUUGGUGGUCGCCUACAAUCAACAGAGCCAAUGUUUAUGUUGGUUUCCAAGUCCAAUUAGACCUGACUGGUAUUUUCUUGCACGGCAAAAUUCCAACUUUGAAGAUUUCUCUCAUCCAAAUCUUCCGCGCCCAUCUUUGGCAGAAAAUACAUGAGAGUGUAGUCAUGGAUCUGGCACAAGUAUUUGAUCAAGAAUUGGAGCAGCUCGGCAUCGAGACCGUACAGAAGGAGACUAUCCAUCCCAGAAAGUCUUACAAGAUGAACAGCUCUUGUGCUGAUAUUCUGUUGUUCGCAAGCCACAAAUGGAACGUCACUCGCCCAUCUAUUCUCUUUGACACGAAAGAUGUAAUUGAAGCUACCACAACGAACAAGUUCUGGGUAGAUGUCCAACUUCGUUACGGAGAUUAUGAUUCUCACGACAUUGAACGAUACGUCCGCGCGAAAUACCUUGAUUAUACAACCGACAGUAUGAGUAUUUAUCCUUCUGCCACUGGCCUCAUGAUUGGUAUCGAUCUUGCUUACAAUCUCUACUCGGCAUAUGGACAAUACUUCCCCGGUCUCAAGCAAUUGGUGCAGCAAGCUAUGGCCAAAAUCAUGAAGGCAAAUCCAGCUCUCUACGUCUUGCGUGAACGUAUUAGGAAAGGUCUUCAAUUGUAUGCGUCCGAAAGUAAUCAAGAGUUUUUGAAUUCUCAAAACUACUCUGAACUUUUCAGCAACCAGAUUCAACUCUUCAUUGAUGAUACAAAUGUUUACCGUGUUACUAUCCACAAGACAUUCGAAGGUAACUUGACAACCAAACCAAUCAACGGAGCUAUUUUCAUCUUCAAUCCUCGUACUGGACAGCUCUUCUUGAAGAUCAUUCAUACAAGUGUUUGGGCAGGACAGAAACGUCUGGGACAAUUAGCUAAGUGGAAGACUGCUGAAGAAGUUGCCGCACUCAUUCGAUCAUUGCCUAUCGAAGAGCAACCGAAACAGCUCAUCGUUACGAGAAAGGGUCUUCUUGAUCCGCUUGAAGUACAUUUGCUUGACUUCCCCAAUAUAUCAAUCCGUGCCUCUGAGCUGCAAUUACCUUUCCAGGCCGCCAUGAAGGUCGAGAAGCUCGGUGAUAUGAUUCUUCGUGCCACUGAACCUCAAAUGGUUCUCUUCAAUCUUUACGACGAAUGGUUGAAGUCAAUUUCUUCAUAUACCGCAUUCUCUCGUUUGAUUCUUAUCUUGCGUGCUUUGCACGUAAAUCAGGAUAAGACAAAGUUACUCCUUCGGCCUGACAAGACUGUGAUCACUCAAGAGCAUCAUAUCUGGCCCACGUUAUCGGAUGAGGAUUGGAUCAAGGUUGAAACCCAACUGCGUGAUCUCAUUCUGAAUGAUUACGGCAAGAAGAACAAUGUCAACACUUCCAGUCUUACCAGCAGUGAAGUACGUGAUAUUAUUUUGGGUAUGGAAAUCAGUGCUCCAUCGAUGCAACGCCAGCAAGCGGCCGAGAUUGAAAAGCAACAACAAGAGCAACAGCAGCUUACAGCUGUCACGACCAAGACUCAAAAUGUUCACGGAGAAGAUAUUAUUGUCACAACUACCUCGCAAUUUGAACAACAAACCUUUGCAUCGAAGACUGAAUGGAGAACUAGAGCGAUUGCAACUUCUAACUUGAGGACGCGAUCUAACAACAUCUAUAUCUCUUCGGAUGACGUCAAAGAGGAUGAUCACUACACUUAUAUCAUGCCAAAGAACAUCUUGAAGCGCUUCAUCACAAUUGCGGAUUUGCGAGUUCAAGUGGCUGGAUAUCUGUAUGGUUCAUCUCCCCCAGAUAACGAGCAAGUGAAGGAAAUCCGCUGUAUCGUAAUGGUACCUCAAAUUGGUAGUACACGUGAUGUACAAUUACCUCAACAGUUACCACAACACGAGUAUCUAGACCAAAUGGAACCUCUCGGAAUCAUUCACACCGUUUCUGGUAACGAACCACCAUACAUGGCAGCCAUGGACGUCACCCAACAUGCACGUCUCAUGAAUGCGCAUAAAUCAUGGGACAAAAAGACGGUUACUAUGACUGUUUCAUUCACCCCCGGAAGUGUCUCACUAGCAUCAUGGGCGCUCACACCUCAUGGUUAUAAAUGGGGUGCGGAGAACAAAGAUCUCGGCAGUGACCAACCACAAGGCUUCAGCACGAACAUGGGAGAGAAAUGUCAGCUUCUGCUUAGUGACAAGAUCCGUGGAUACUUCUUGGUGCCCGAAACCAAUUCAUGGAACUAUAGUUUUAUGGGAAGUGCCUUUGGAAGCUUGGAGAAGAAGCCGAUACAUGUGAAGAUUGAUACGCCUACGCCUUUCUACAACGACCUACACAGACCUUUGCAUUUCCAGAACUUUGCUGAAUUGGAGGAUAUUUGGGUUGACAAUGAGGACAAGCUUGCUUAGAUUAAUGAUAUAGGGUGUUGAAAAAAAAAGAGAAGCAGAACAAUAUGGGAAGGAAGAUUGGAACUGGAAGGAUGAAUUAAUCAGCGUGCAUCUGUAUCAAAUCGGGCUGGGCAAUGGGCGUUUGAUGCUAACACGCAUUGUAACAAUGUAUAUUUUUUGUAGAUGAAUAAUAUGGUAGCAAAAUGAAAUGAAUUUGAUCAUGCCACGACGAGGUGUUAAUUUUGAGCCUUCA